AAAAAAAUCCCACUUCUUCCCCCUCCGCCUUCUCCUCACCUCUCCGCGCGCGCCACGGCCACACCAUGCCCUUCUUCGCCACCGCCGCCGGCGCCUCCAAACCCUAAACCCUCCGCCGCAAGACCGCAACCAAUGGCCUCUCUCCUCUCCUACUCCGAUGCCUCCAAAUCGCUCUCCAUUAACUCCUCCGAGCUCUUCCUAUCCUCCCUCGCCUCGCUCCCUUCGCUGGACGCCCACCCUAUCCUCACUUCCGCCUCCACGCCGCUUCCGCCCGUCCCGGCCUCCGUGCCGCCUACCUCGCUCAUUCCGGGCUCGCGCUUCCUCAUCGACGCUUUCCGCCACGCUGGGGACUUCUCUGUCGCCUACUUCCUCUCGCACUUCCACUCAGACCACUACGGCGGCCUAGGACCGUCCUGGCGCCGCGGCCUCGUCUUUUGCUCCGCGCCCACCGCCCGCCUCGUCUCUUCCGUGCUCUCCGUGCCGCCGCAGCUUGUCGUCGCCCUCGAUGUCGGUGUCCGUGUCACCGUCGAUGGGUGGGACGUCACCGCCGUCGACGCCAAUCACUGCCCUGGUGCCGUGCAGUUCCUCUUCUCCUCCCCUGGACCGAACGCCGAGAAGCAUGUGCACACCGGUGACUUCCGUUAUACGGAGUCUAUGACGCACGAUCCUAACUUGCUGGAGUUCGUCCGUGCUGACACUGUGUUUCUGGACACCACAUACUGCAACCCCAAGUUCACAUUCCCUUCCCAAGAUGAGUCUGUGGAUUAUGUGGUGAAUGCGAUCAAGCGUGUGAAAGAGGAGAGUUCAGCGGCAGGAGAGCGCGUGCUAUGUCUGAUCGCGACCUAUGGCGUGGGCAAAGAGAGGAUUUUGCUGGAGGUUGCACGGCGCUGUGGGUGCUCAAUCCAUGUGGACAGCAGGAAGAUGGAAAUUUUGACAGUGUUAGGGUUUGGUGGGGAGAAUGGAGUUUUUACUGAGGAUGCAGCAGUGACAGAUGUGCAUGUUAUUGGGUGGAAUAUCUUAGGGGAGACGUGGCCCUAUUUCCGACCAAAUUUUGUAAAGAUGAAGGAGAUCAUGUUGGAGAGAGGGUACAUGAAGGCUAUCGGGUUUGUACCAACCGGGUGGAUGUAUGAAACCCAGAAGGAAGGUUUUGCUGUUAGGGUGAAAGAAUCACUUGAGAUCCAUCUUGUUCCUUAUAGUGAGCACUCGAGCUAUGACGAGUUGCGAGACUAUGUAAAGUUUUUGCACCCAAAGCGGGUGAUCCCAACUGUUGGAGUCAAUGCUGGAAAGCUUGAUAGUAAGGAGGCAAUUGCAAUGCAGAAGCAUUUUUCUGGGUUGGUAGAUGAGACAGCAAACAAACAGGAGUUCUUGAUGGCAUUCCAUCGUAGGUCAACAGAUGCUAAAUGCUCAAUCCAGCAUGAUGGGGAUGCUGCUGCUUUGUUACCAGCAAUCACUUCUGCUUCUGAACAACUUGAUACUUUGAAGGAGAAUAUUACAGAGGAAAUGAAGAAAGAACUAUCAGAUUUCCUGCCCUCAUGGGUCAGCGAGGAACAGAUCAUGGACCUGCUGAUGAGCUCAGGUGGUGACGUUGUUAAAGCAGCAUCUGAUUUUUUUGAGCGGGAAAGAGAUUUCUUUGAAGAAGCAAAUGGUUCUUGUGGUGGGACACCCAAGUCAGAGAAAAACCAUACUUCUGAUCAUGGGUCUUCUGCUGAUGUAAGUAGUCAGCAAGAAUGUCCUUUAUUUUCACAGAAGCCUGCGGAAAACUCCCCAAAACUGGUAAAUUUGACCCCUAUGAGAAUGAAACCAAAUACCCCCAAAAAGGAAAAGAGGAGGGGUUCUGGCACUACAAACAAACCAAAAAAGAAAGGGCGACUAACUUCCUCAACAGAAUCAGGUGGGCACAAGCAGUCCGCAAUUACAAACUAUUUUAUUAGAGCUACAGCCACCACUUCUAAAAGUGGUACAGCUGAUAAAGUAUAUGUGGAGGCACACCAAAAUAAUGUGGAAAGUGAUGAUCAGUUAACUGAUAUUGUAAAAACACAAGAUCAGAGUGUAGACCAGCUUCUUCAGAUUGUAGAUGGUGGGAUGUCCAGAGAAUAUGCAGUUUCUUUGCUUGAGAGGGCAAAAGGAGAUGUAACUGUGGCACUUGAUAUAUUUUACAGUUCAAGUGAGAACAACAAUGUAAUUGCUAUUGAUAAGAAUAUCGUGCUGCAGAUUACGGAAAAUGAAACUAAAGAUAAAUGUAGCAACACAGACCUGGCUUGUGAUUCUUCUCAGGCCACUCCAAAGAUGCCAAACUUACAUGUACAAACUUCUUUAUCACAAACAGAUUCUAUCAAGAUAUCACUGCCAGUUGAAAAGUAUCUACCUAUUGAGCAUGCUUGCUGGACAGCAGGACAACCUGCGCCCUACUUGCACUUGGCUCGCACUUUUGAUCUGGUUCAAAAAGAAAAAGGAAAGAUCAAAACUACGGCAAUAUUUUGCAACAUGUUCAGGAGUUUGCUUGCCUUAUCCCCUGAUGAUGUUCUACCUGCUGUCUAUCUAUGCACUAAUAAAAUUUCUCCUGACCAUGAAAAUAUGGAACUGAACAUUGGUGGGAGUCUUGUUGUAACUGCUCUGGAGGAAUCAUUAGGAACCAGCAGAUCUAAAAUACAAGAGAUGUACAAAACUUACGGCGAUCUUGGUAAUGUUGCCCAAGAAUGCCGUCAGAAUCAAACAUUACUUGCUCCUCCUCGGCCUCUCUCGAUUCGUGAUGUAUAUUCCACACUUCGGAAACUAAGUGUAAUAUCAGGUAGUGGGAGUGCUGGAAGGAGAAAAAUUCUUGUCUUGCAUCUUAUUCGGUCUUGUAGGGAAAUGGAAAUGAAAUUUCUUGUCAGAACACUAGUUCGUAACUUGCGUAUUGGGGCUAUGAUGAAGACAAUAUUACCUGCGCUUGCACAUGCUGUUGUUUUUGAUAGAAAGUGUGCAGGAGAUCCUUUGGUGUCCUUGGAAGCCAUAAAAACACAACCACAGAAUCUUUCAACUGAAGUCGCCGAGGCAUACAAUGUCAUUCCUAAUCUGGAUUUGCUCAUUCCUUCUCUUCUGAGAGAAGGCACUGCAUUUUCAGCUUCAUCGUUGGCAAUGGUGCCUGGCACACCUAUUCCACCUAUGCUUGCAAGAAUUACUAAUGGGCUGACUCAAGCAUUGAAAGCUUUUAGUGGCAAAUCAUUUACGUGUGAGUACAAGUAUGAUGGUCAGCGUGCCCAGAUUCAUAGAUUAUUUGAUGGAUCCGUGCGAAUAUUUUCAAGGCAAAUGAAAGAAUCAACUCCCAGAUUUCCUGACGUGGUGAACAUGAUUACGGAGUUGUGCAGGCCCGAAGUGUCUAGCUUCAUACUGGAUGCUGAGGUGGUGGGAAUCGAUAGGAAGAAAGGAAACAGGUUGAUGUCAUUCCAAGAGCUAUCUUCAAGAGAAAGAGGAAACAAGCACUCCUCAAUUGCAAUCGAUAACAUAAAGGUUGACAUUUGUGUGUUUGUUUUUGACAUCAUGUUCUGCGAUGGAGAGAGGCUACUGGAUUGUCCUCUUCGGCAAAGAAGAAAGUACAUUCACACCUUGUUCCAGGAGAAGCCAGGAUAUUUCGAGUUAGCUCAGCAGCUAACCGUAGAAGCCAGCGAAGCGUCGCCAGACAACUCUAGCACUUUGGAUAGAAUGAACACAUUUUUCAGAAAGGCAUGCGAGUCUUCUUGUGAGGGUAUAAUGUUGAAGACUUUGGAUGUUGAUGCUGGAUACUCUGCUUCCAAACGCUGCGAUUCAUGGUUAAAGGUCAAGCGUGACUAUGUGGAAGGCUUAGGUGAUAGCCUUGACUUAGUUCCAAUCGGUGCAUGGUAUGGAAAUGGACGGAAAGCUGGAUGGUACAGUCCUUUUCUUAUGGCAUGCUACAACCCUGAAACUGAAGAAUUCCAAAGUGUAUGCCGUGUAAUGUCUGGGUUCUCAGAUGAGUUCUAUAAAGAGAUGAAGGAGUUUUAUUCUGAGGAAAGGAUACUGCCCAAGAAGCCUGUUUACUACAAGACAGAUGAGCAACCAGAGGUGUGGUUCACCACAGAACAAGUUUGGGAGAUCCGAGGGGCAGAUCUCACCCUAUCCCCUGUUCACCAUGCGGCCAUUGGGCUUGUCCACCCGUCGCGUGGCAUCUCAGUGAGGAUGCCGAGGUACAUCCGCUCGGUUCCAGAUCGGAGCCCAGAGGAUUGCAGCACGGCCACUGAUAUUGCCACUAUGUUCAAAGCUCAGACCCGGAAGAUGGAUGUCAGCAGCGAGGGCCAGGAGAUGCAAGCGAGCGGAUCAGGUCGGCCCAUUGCCCCAUCCUAGCUUUUCUUUUGUUCACCAAUUUUGUAUACAAAAUGAACUACCGGUGAACCACACAACUGGUGAAAUGGUGAAGUUUCACCACUGAUCCCCCCUGGCUUUCAAAAUGCCCAUCUUUUUGUACAGAAAUAGAAUAGUUGGAAGCAAAAGCAAAGAUCUUCUUUCUCAUGUUUUCUAGCUGCUAGCAUGUAAAUUACCUCUAGAUAGCAGCUUUUUAGUUUUUACUAGAACAAUCAGCAGCCGAUGGAUCGUCAGGAUUCCGUUUCGUUUGGUCUUUGUCUAGCACUGCAAGUCUCUCCGUAAAGAUUGGGCGGAAUCGUGGUAGGUGCCUCCGACAAAA